UAUUUAAUGAAUACUGAAAGUCAAAUAAAAGAAAACCAGAAAGAAAUUAUCAUAAAACGUCAAAAAAUUGACGAAGAAAAUAGUAAUAUAAAAAAACUAGAAAAUCUCUGUGUUGAUAAAAACAAAACUAUACUGGAUGCACAAAUUGAAAUUGAAAAAAAGCGAUCACAAUUAGAGAAUAUUGAAUUAAAAUACAAAAAAGAAUCAAAUGAAUUAAAAAAUGUAAAAUUGGAGCAGCAAAAAAAACGAACCAAUUUAAAAAUAAUGAAUUCCAUUAUGAAGUAUCAUAAUGAAGAAACUAAAGAAAAAAUACAAUUUUACAAUGAAAAUAUCAUCAGACCUCUUGAACUUAAAUUAGAAAAAUGUAUUUCACUCGUAGACUAUGAAAAAAAUAGAAAUAACAAUAUAAACAUCGCCAGUAUAAUAGAGUUUGUUCCGGAAUUUAAAGAAAAAAUUGAUAAUUCUAAAUCACAAAUCGUAAAACUAGAUAAAACUCUAAGUGUGCAGUAUGGAACAAUGACAAAACUUGAAGAAGAUUAUAAAAAUAUUCAAUUGAAUAUUUUACGCCAAACGGAAAUAUCUUCAAUCAAAACAGAAAAAUUCAUUGAUAUUUUUGAUGCUAUUUUGAAUUACAGGACGAAAAUGUUGAAAGUUGUUGAAAUGAGAGAAAAAAAUAUAAUUUUAGAUAGUAAGGUAUUUCAAAAACGGUAUGAGAUAAAGAAACAAAGAGAAGAAUGUUUAAGAAGAGAAACAGCUUUGAUGCUGCAGUUAGAUAAAUUAAAACAAUUGGUCCGUCAACAAGCAAAUUAUAAUAAACUGUUGUCUCAGCAGUAUAUUCAGCUGACGAAUAAAUAA